AAGGAUGGAAAUGGAAAAAAACAAUGUGAGUGAUAAGUGAAAAUAUGGCAAAAUCAAAAAGUUAAGUUUUAUUAAAGUAACAUUUAGGCUUAUUUCUUAUCGACUAAGUUCCCUAAGUUUUAAAAUAUAUAAAAUAAUGACCCACGUCGAGAAACGCCAAAGUCGCCCAGGCAAAGAGGCAAUUCAUUCUGGACAUUUUAUGGUAUCACAAUUCGAAGCUGAAGAUCAGGAUGAUUUUGAUGACCUAGCUAUACCUGUACCUGAUGAAGAACAAAACGCCCCUAAAGAAUCUGCAGUAGCCACCUACACAUUGCCUACGACCUCUGAGAUAUUUCAACAUUCAGAUAAAGAAGAUAGUAAACAACAUCAACAACUUUCUAUUGAAAUAUCACUUACAAAAUUAUUUAAAUGUAUGACUUUAGCAUAUCGACAAAAACUAACUUCUCCAAAAUGGAACCGUUUCAAAGGUAUAAAACUGCGGUGGAAGGACAAAAUAAGAUUGAACAAUGUCAUAUGGAGAUGCUGGCACAUGCAAUUUAUAAAGAAACAAAACACUUUAGUCUGCCAGUUCGCAUCCCCAUUAGAUGUUGAUACGCAUGUGAAACCAGAGACAACAAUAUUAGAAGGCAAAUAUUGGAAAAGGAGAGCCGAAGCAGUAAUAGCGGAAUAUAAAAAAUGGCGCAUGUUUCAUAUUAUGAGGCUCUUCGGCAAGGGGGACACCUCUGUCCAGGAUUCGAUGUCAAAACUAUGCGGUUUUCAGAUGUCGGACAUGGACACAGUCGAGUCUCAGUGCAGCGACUUUGCUGCCAACAUGCUCACCGAUGAGGACUACCUGACCUUCAUGAGUGACACACUCUUUUCAACCAUCACAAAUCAUCAACCUUUCGCAUUUCCAGAUUGCAGGGAAAUCGCCAGAGGUGCAAGCUUAGCUGAUUUCAUUCAACCAAGCUUAGGUCCUUUGCAACCAAAUCUCGAUGAUUUGAUGGACACUCUUGAACCGUUCCAAGAGCUCCUGUCAAGUUCACGUUUGCCGCCUGUACCGGAAGAGACGACAAUUUCUUCUGAAGAUCCCUUAUACAGGAGUGGAAUGUCAGUAGAUUCUUAUAAUCCGCAGAACUAUAUUGCUGACAGUCAAAAUACUACAACAGUCGCAAUGCCUACCAGUCAGAUGACUAUUCAUGGUACCAACAGUAACACCCAAAUUAUAUCAAUGUCUGAGCCAGCAAAAAAUGACCAAUUACGAGUGUACAAUGGACGGCUGUUUGCUCCGUCAGAAUUGUCUAAUAAUAUUCUCGGCACGCAGGAGAUGUUGCCCUCGUUUCCUCAGAACACUUAUGAACAGCAAAGUGCAACGCACUCCGAACAAAUGCAUGGCAACGUCUACGCAAGUAAGUCGCCUCGAGUGCAGUUUGUUAAUACGCAAACCAAGAUUCUUCCUCAACAGGACACAUGCUAUCCUAAAUAUAAUUCCGCUUUACCGCCAUCACAGACCGCACCAGAAACUGUAUCAUUGCUACAGCAGCCGGUACAGAAUUCUAAAUAUGCUUCCACCUUAGUGAUACAAGGAAGAAGUGGGUACGGCCGAGAGAAACCGCGGUCUAGACUAAAUCAUUACUCGGGCCAGGUGGCGAACAACCACUACCAUGGUUACUCGCAACCUCUGCAGAACCCAGUGCAUGUGGCCCCACAGAACUAUGAGGUGAGGCCGUCCGUGCGACACUCCCCGCCCCAAAUGCAGUACCUGCAACCGAACCCGGUAGACUUUAAGGCGAAAACCUCAACGAACAGCGUCAACACGCGAUCGUUUAAGUUGCCUUCGCCACCACUAGUUCCGGUAACCUCUCAACAGGUGCAGGUCGCGGUGGGUGUAAACGUUGUGAGCGGCCUGAGUGCGGCGAGUGCGAAGAGCGCCCGUAACAAGGAACAAUACCGCUCGCACAGCUUACCACUGGGUGCGCAGCUUGGCGCAGACUGGGCGGUUAGCGCGCCCGCGCACACGCAUACGCCCUCCCAUACGCACACACACGCACAUGCGCACUCGCUCGACGCCUCCAGCACGCACGCCUCGCGGACGCGCGAAGUAACUCCCGGAGCUAUUCGCAUCCGGUCGAGGUCGUCGUCGAGUGGCGUCUCGGCGGAGAGCGCGGCUGGUGGCGGUAUUGGUGGUGGUGGGGGUGGAGGGGCCGUAACACGCCGUCCGCCGCCGCUCACGAGUGUGGCCUCCGAACCCACGCUGCCGCAGGCCAGCGUCAUGCUCGCACAACUGCUUUCAGCUCAACACUCUCAAAGCUUGUAUAAAUUGAAUAGUAGCCUAGAGGAAAGUGUCGGAGUCAGUGAUCCCACAAAGUCCCCCGUCCUCAGAGGACAGCCUUCGCCCAUUGGGAGUGAUAUCAUAUCGCCCCACCAUUCGCGUGCGCAGUCGCUGUCGCCGCCGGGCUCGCCGGGCUCGGAGCGCGCGGGGUCGCCGCGGGAGUCGCGCGAGGCGCGCCGCACGCACCUUCACGCGGAGCAGAAGCGUCGCUACAACAUCAAGAAUGGUUUCGACACGCUACAGGCGCUCAUACCACAUCUCAACACAAAUCCUGCCGCUAAGAUAAGUAAAGCUGCUAUGCUACAAAAAGGGGCCGAGUAUAUUAAACAGUUGAAGGCAGAGAGGAAUCAAAUAAAAGAAGAAAUGGAAAGCUUACGACAGCAGAUCGAAUGCCUAAAUAAUUCCAUUUCCAACUGCCACUCGCUGCUGCCGGCGACGGGCGCGCCCGUGUCGCGCGGGCGCGCGGGCCGCCUGCGCGAGAUGUUCGCCGCGCACGUGGCCGCGCGCACCGCGCACAACUGGAAGUACUGGCUCUUCAGCGUAGUGAGCGCGGCGCUGGUGGAAUCGUUCAGUGCGUGCGUGUCGUGCAGCAGCGCCGCCGACCUCGUGCGGACCACGCUGCUAUGGGCCGAGCAGCACUGCUCGCUCGUCGAGAUGCGCCCCGCGGUGCUGAACUCGCUACGAGUCCUCUGUACGACGACUGACAUCCUGACGAGUCCGGAGCGCCUCGCGGACGAGGCGCGCGCCGCCGCCGCCGCCGCCGGCGUCAAGCGCGAGCCCACGUAGCGAACACCGCCGACGCCGCCCGACUCCGCCCGACACCACCAGCCUCCUACCGACUUACCGUCCACCCGACCAGUCGUGAGAAUUACGCCUUUCGGUGUAGAAAAUUGCUUGUGAUAAAAUUACAAGUUUUAGGUAUAACGUACCUACUUUUACCGUAAUGAUUAUAUCCCAUUAUUAGUAAAAGAUACCCUUCGUUAUAUGAAAUUUGUAAUUUCAUUAUCGAAUUGGUCGUUGUGUAAGUUUAUUUGCAGCUUACUUAGGUAUUGAUUAUCAAUUGAGCCGAACAUUACGCCGUGUUCGUGUAAACUUGACUCGACGAAUGUAAUCGAUGUCUGAAUAUUAGUUACAGCGCUAAAUAGAAUGUGUGAAAUCAUUCCGUGGUAAUGUUCUAAUAUACGUAGUACCUCUGUGAAAUAUUGAAUUGAUUAUAUCUAAAUAUUAAUUAUUUAAUCAUAUUGCAUUUGUAUAAUUAUUUGAACUAUUCUCAAUAAGACGCAUGCAUAUGAGUACAAUGAAUUUUACCUUUAUUUUAUAUAUUCAUUGCAAUCAAAAUUGUAAAAGAUGGACGAAAUUGAAAAUAAUAUAUCAAUUGAUAAUAUUGAGACAUUCAAAUACAUAUUCAUGAGGUAUGUGCUUAUACUGACUGGGUACGUUUGUUAGCGAUUAGAUUGCUUUGUACCUAAAAUAAUUAAUACUCAACAAAGGCAUUAACACAAUGGCGGUGUUCCCGGCCAUAUAUGAAUAUGUGCAAUUAGUUUUGGUGUUCACAUAUUGAUCUAACGAUCAAAACGCACAAUUUUAAUUUUAUUAAUUUUGACGGGUAUCGGUCGAGCUUAAACAAUUCCGCAGUAAAAUAAAUGUGUAAUGAUUAUCUGACAGUUGUAUUUACGAUUAUUGGACAAAAUAUUUAAUUUUAUUAGUUCAAUAAUUUACGAAAAUCAACGAAUCUUAAAUAUUUUUAAUCCAAAUAAGACCGAGUGUAUGUAAAUACUAAUAUUAAUUAUAAUGAAAGUGAAUCAGUGACUUGUUAUUGUGCCUUCUCUAUUAAUAUUUGACAAUGUAAGGUUUAAGCCCUUGUAGUUUCUACCAAAGAUUGAUAUGUCCAAUCUUAUGACCACCGUGUGGGGACCUAAUAUUCCAAGCGUAUCGCUGUGUGCGCGUCAGCUGUCCCGUCCCGUUGCAAGUGAAUACCAAUAUAGUCAUUAAGCGAAAAAAGAGAAUUUAUUAAAUAUGUCGAGAUUUAAUUUAGAAUUACUAUAAGUAUAUUUACGCGAGUAAGUAACUUUAAGUAAGUAAAUAUUUUUAUAUGGUUUGUGUCUUGACACGAAUAUUUUUAUAUAAACUGUAUAAAUCGGUGCCAACGUAAAUAUUGUUGUAAUUUGUUAUAUAGUAAUAUAAUUUUCUAAUGUAUCGUUGACUCUGGUAACACGUUGUUUGGAGGCGCAAUCGCCCUCGAGUGAGCUUUAAUGAGUUAUUUGCAAUUGUUGUUCUUAUGGAAAUACAGUUUGAAAUGAAAUCUA